GCGGCAGCUUUUCCCUGAGGAUAUUCAACAAAUAUUCGACGACAGGCCAUUUUAUUCUUCCAUAUUUACUGUUUUAUUAACUGUAUUGUGUUUUAAUUAUUAUAUUAUUGUGAUAUUAUCUGUAUUUUCUGUUAUUAACCGUAUAUAUUUUGUUUUUCAGGUGUCGGAGGCCGGUGUGGGUAUACUGACACCCUGCGGUCCGACAUGGAGUUCUGGAGGAGUGAGGAUUAUCUACUGGAGGGGGCUUCUGGUGGUUCAGAAGACCCCAUUACUCUUCUGCCUUUUUGUGGCACUGAGGAGCUGAGGACUGCAUGUCUGCAGUGGCAGGGUGAGGGUCCAGACCCCUGGAUGGAGCUCAGGAGGGUUCAGCACGAGUUCCUCGAGGGGAAGAUAAGGGCCCUCAUUCAGAAGCUUCCCCGUCCCAGGCAGCGUGCUGGUAGAGUCCUGGUGCCGGUUAGGGAGGCAGACCCCGCCCACAGGCUGGACUCUACUAAGCCUGGUAUCCAAGGUCCAGUUAUGCAGGCUGUGUAUGGCUUGGAUCAUGUGGAGGACCAUGGACGACAGUGCCAAGAAGCUCCAGCUCCAGACCUCACCACCACCUCUCAUCCGGAGCCAUCCAGGCAGGGAGACACUGCACUGUCACCCACUAAUAACACACAGGGCAGAACCCUUAAACGACUCACCACCAACUUUAGGACCUCCACUGUGUCUCGUUGCAGGUCUCCUCGCCGAGUCCUGGUGCGUGUUCAAGAGGCAGAACCUUGUCACAGGCUGGAGCUUCAGGACACAAAGCCUGAACUGGAGCCAGUGCCAGCUGCACAGGACGAGGAUGACCUGGAGGUCCUGGAGGGCUGUGAAGAGCAACGAGAGACAGCUCCAAAGAGAAAGAGAGGAUGGCUACAGCACCUGCUCAGCUGCUUUAGGUGGACAGCAAGAAAGAGCAGAAAAGGUGAUCUGUAGAGGUUCUGGCUGUAGAGCUGUUAAAUACACACACACACAUACAUUGCAGGGUUAGAGUUUUGGUAAAUGGGCUGAGGCACACAGUAGGAUGUUAGCAGUAAUCUAGAUGAUGGGAUAGUGGUAUGUAGGCUGUGGGUAAUAUUCUGUGAUCUCCUAUGUCGUGAGCUUGGAGGGGGGUGAGUCUGGGAUGCCAGAAUUCACUGCUGAGUCUUCCUGAGGUGUUCAGCGUAACGCUUAUGAAGGGAGGGGCUCAGCGGAUGACCUCAGUGAAGAGCUUGCGGCAUAGUGAAGGAUCAGUGUAUCAGUGGGAGAAGGGAAGGGUGAGUGUUUAAUGUUUGGGAUAAAUGUUGCUGAUUGGAUGGUAAAUGGCCACAGCAGCAUAGUUGAUAGAUGUAGGAGUUAAUGGUUCUCGUGUAGUGUGAUGUAAAUGAGUGGGAGAGUAGAGUAUAGGGGAAGGGAAUGGGUGGGGCUCUAGAUUUAACCACAAUUGUGUUUCUUGCAUAGAUAUAGAGAUAGACGUAGGAUACACAUAGAAAUACACAUACACACUAAUACACUCACAUAUACACAUACACGGACAUACUAAUACACUCACAUUCACAUACAUAUAUACAAACACACCCAUACAUACACACAUGCAUACAUACACACAAUUCAAACACACAUACAUUCACACGCACAUGCAGACACAUACAUUUACACACAUACAUACACACAGACACUUAUUCAUACACACACAUUUUCUAUGUAUCUAUGUAUGUAUACGUGUGUAUGUGUAUCGAUGUGUGUGUGUGUAAAUGGAUGUACAUGCUGAAUGUAUAUAUGUUUCUUUGAAAUGUUAUGUGUGUUUGUAUGUAUGUUUGAAAUUGUGUGUAUGCAUGUAUGUAUGUGCAUGUGUGUGUUUGUGUAUGCAUGUGCAUGUGUGUGAAUGGAUGUACAUGCUGAAUGUAUGUAUGUGUUUCUUUUAAAUAUUAUGUGUUUGAAUGUUUGUGUGUUUGAAAUUGUUUGUAUGCAUGUAUGUGUGUUUGUGUGUGUAUGUAUGCACAUGUGUGU